AUAAAACUAGAUAAUGUCGUGGGCUUGUGGCUGGAAAUCAUCCGCCAUGGGUUCACCGGAACCAGUGACACCGAUCGUUCAGCUUCCGAUAGAGAUGUUGUGCACCAUAUUCGAUUACCUGGACCUGGAGAGCGUAAAGAAUGCGUCCCUGGCGUGUAAACGCUUCAAGCAAGUCAUUUUUUCGGAUUACUAUAUCAAACGCUUCGGGCUACGCAUUACUCUCGGCCGGAAGCUUAAUCCCGCGGUCGCAAGUGCCACCUUCGACGAGCGUGACAGGCCCGUCACACGGCCCUUCGCGCUAGGCACCGGUCGGAAUCUGUCGGAAUGCGAUCGGGACGAAAUGACCCAACUGCUGACACAGUCGGAACGCCGGUACCGCAACGUGACGCUGGAUUUCGAAUACUGCAACGAGUCCCGUUCCUCGAUCUCCCUGCUGUACCAGAUGCUGUGUCCGCACCGGUGGGAACAGGAGCUCGUCGAGCUACGACUGCUCAUAACGCACUGGGCGGACAUGAUGGUGGUGCUGGUGGUUCAAACGAUUCCACACAUGAAACGGCUGCGAUCGCUCUACGUUUGCGCCGACACGGAAGUGAACCCCGCCCGCUUUGCCGUCGGUUCGCUGCAUUUGCAGAAUGACACGGUGACACACCUGCAACUGAAAGCGCUCCUUCCCGUGACCUUCUCGUUGCCAGCGCUCCGAUCGUUCGACGUCAUGUUCCACCCGAUACAGCUGAUGCAGGUGCUGUUCUUCCAGGAGCAGUUUUAUCACAAAGGGUUCGAACACUUGAAAGAACUGACCAUCACAAGCUCGGCGGGCGACAAUUCGUUGCACCGGCUGCUAACCUCAGACUCGGUCUGUCGGCCCGCGUUCAAGAAGCGCUUCUUUCAGAAGCUGACCUGCCUGGAGAAGCUUCAGCUGCUUGAGAAGAGCACACCCGAAAGCAUCUUCAUAACCAUCUGCCAAUCGUGUAGCGCGCUGAGGGAGCUGCGCAUCCGACGGUUACAUAUUCUCGAUUCGGUCGCCCUGUGCCAUCUUUCCAAUCUUCGCCACCUGCAACGGCUAACCAUUCAUGCAGUGGCUUGGCGCUCGCCCAUCUCGUUUGCUGAGUGCCAUCUGCCGCGCCUAGAGCGGCUUCAGUUAGAUUUCGCUUCGAUCCAGUACAGCACACUAACCUUUUGCCCGGCGGUCACGAAACUCUCGAUACAUGUCAAUGCACAGUGCUUCAAAGACCUGAUACGAACCAUUUCCGUUCACAUGCAGCGGCUGACGGAACUUAGUGUGUUCACCUGCGACGAACUGUUCCUGAAUGGCUUGAUAAGUUUGUUGCCCCGUCUGAGGCAUCUGAGGGUGUUCGAGUUUCAGGGGGGAAUUUUUCCCAAAGGCUGGCUCAAACCCAUCAUAGCCAAUCCCAUGCCCGAACUCUAUAAGCUCGCAUUCCGAAGGUCAACGUUUGAGAGCCUUCCUUCCGUGAAGCAUCCUGAACUGCGCGCAGCGUUUCCCAACCUCCAGUUACUCGACAUUAGCGAGUGUAACCCUCCGUUGCUUAUGGAUGCUCAGAAUGCUGUGUUGGCCGUUUGUUACCGAAUGUAAUAAAGCGUUACACUCCGGGUGGUUAUUCAACAGA